AACCCUGCCCUGGAGGAGGAUACACUCUAGCUGCCAAUAUAAAUUGUUGUAGCAGCAGGUUGGAAUUUUGAUUCUGAAGAUUCUGAGGUGACUGAAGUUUCCUUGCUGUGCUGCAUCUUGUCAGUCAUUUGAUCCUUCAUUUCAAGAGUUUUGGUGACCAUCUGCUGAUCCUGCAAAACCUCUGAAACAAUGACAGACAAUGGCUCUAAGGUGUUCAAUGAUCCCAUUCAUGGCAAUAUCGAGCUGCACCCAAUCCUUGUCAAAAUCAUCGACACUCCUCAGUUUCAGCGACUUCGAAACAUCAAGCAGCUUGGUGGAACAUAUUAUGUUUAUCCUGGAGCAUCCCACAACCGCUUUGAGCACAGCAUUGGGGUGGCGCACUUGGCUGGAGAACUUCUUCAGACUCUGAAAGGGAAGCAGCCAGGUCUAGGAAUUGAUGAGAGAGACAUCCUUUGUGUGCAGAUUGCUGGGCUUUGCCAUGACCUGGGACAUGGACCGUUUUCCCACAUGUUUGAUCAAAUGUUUAUCCCCAAAGCACGUCCUAAUCAUGACUGGAGCCAUGAGAAAGCAUCUCAAGACAUGUUUGACCAUCUGGUGGAAAAAAAUCACUUGAUAGGAGACAUGAAGAAGCACCGCCUGGUGCCGGAAGAGGACCGGCUCUUUAUAAAGGAGCUGAUUGAUCCUCCAGAUGUUGAAAGGAUUACUGAGUGGCCACACCAUGGCCGUCCUAAAGAGAAGGCCUUCCUCUACGAAGUUGUGUCCAACACUAGGAACAAAAUUGAUGUGGAUAAGUGGGAAUAUUUUGCUAGGGACUGCCAUCAAUUGGGUAUGCAGAACAACUUUGACUGCCAUCGCUUGAUUAAAUUUGCCAGAGUGUGUGAAGUGGGUGGGAUGAUGCAGAUCUGUUACAGAGACAAGGAGGUGUUCAAUCUGUACAACAUGUUCUACACAAGGUUCUCUUUGCACAAAAGAGCCUACCAGCACAAAGUGUCCAACAGCAUAGAGUGGAUGAUCGGAGAUGCUUUUCUGAAAGCAGAUAAACACAUCAAGAUUCAAGGCAAGGAUGGGAAAAUGUUCACUCUCUCUACAGCUAUUGAUGACAUGGUGGCAUAUACUAAGCUGACAGAUGCUAUAUUUGAUUGUAUAUUGAACUCCUCCGGUGCGGAGCUUCAGGAGGCACGGGAAAUACUGCAAAGGAUAAUGCAAAGAAAGCUCUACGUGUGUCUGGGGGAAUUUUCAUCAGAAGAGAGUCUGGGCAAUAUGAAGAAUUGGUGGAACGCGCAUGUCGGCAAGCGAAACCCAGAGGAUUAUGUGGUGGAAUUAGUCAAGUAUAACUAUGGAAUGAAGGAAGAAGACCCCAUAAAACACGUGAGUUUCUACACCAAGCAAAUAACAGAUGUAGCCACGCCUAUCGACAGAACUCAGGUAUCUCUACUUCUUCCAGAGCGGUUUGAAGAGAAGAAGUUUAGAAUCUACACUAAGAGAACAAAGGAUGAAGAUCUGAAGGCUGACAGAAAUCUCUUUGACACAUUUGCCCCCGCACAACCAGUUCAAGCCUGAGGAAGUAACCAUGACACCGGUUCUGAAGCCUCUGAAACGUUUGUUGUCAUCACCUUCCAGGUCUGUUGACAUUACAAAUAUGUCUUUGGGUAUCAUUUAAAUAAAAUAUUAUUCUUGACUAAAUGUGCAGUAAUGCCAUUCAAUCUGGACUUGAAUAUGUAAAAUUUUCUCAGGAGUUGUGAGAAUGUAAUCAUUUUGACAAACUUGUUUUAAAAUAAAUUGUGAGAUGUCA